GAAGGAGGGUCGGACAAUAAUUCCACAAGCGGUUAUUUAUAGUUCAGUUUACUUUAAAGGGUUGAAUGAAUCAGUUCCUCUAACGUUGAAUUUAGUGUUGUGAUUUUAAUAGAUUUUUCAUUUCCUGUCGCUAUUUAUGGUCUCUUUAAUAUUAAUCACAUCCCAAAUCGGACCGAGGUUAUUGUUCGCGAGCGGUUUGUUACAUUUAGAACCACUUGUCGUUCAGAACUCUUCAAGACUGGAAUUGAAGCGAACCAAAGAAAAAAAUGAGUUUGAUGAUCAUUUGGCUUGUCUCGUGCAUGAUUCCACAGUUGGUGUUUUCCCAGAUGCAUUCCAGGCCGUGUUCAGCCAUCUGCGGUGAUGGUUUACCAGGUGUCCCCGGGGUGCCCGGGCACGACGGAACACGUGGGGACAAGGGCGACCGAGGGCCUGUGGGAGCAUCCGGGGAAAAGGGAGCUGAUGGCCCUCAUGGUCCCAAAGGUGGAAAAGGCGAGCCGGCCCAGGUCCCUCAGAGAAACUGGAAACAAUGUGCUUGGAAAAAUGUCAAUGAUGGGAGAGACUAUGGGCUGAUAAAGGACUGUGCUUUUAUGAAGCAUGCCAAUGACACAGCCUUGAAAGUGGAGUUCAAUGGCGACUUCAGGAGCUGUUGUUGUCUGGAUUGCUGUAAGCGCUGGUAUUUCACCUUCAACGGUGUAGAAUGUAGCGGCCCACUCGCCAUUGAUGGUAUUGACCACAUUCUCCAAAACCACGGCAGACCAGACACCAACAUACACAAAACCACUCAGAUUGAAGGCUUCUGCCAAGGAAUCAACAAAGGAAUCAUCCGUGUGGGAAUUAAUGUCGGGGACUGUGUGGGGAAGAAACCAGGACAUGCUUACACCGGGUGGAACUCCGUGACCCGGAUCAUGAUUGAGGAGGUGCCUCCACCUCAGAACUAUGUGGAUGAGUGUGCACUUCAACGCGUCUACCAUCCUAGAUGUUCCAAAACCGGUAACACGUGGUCCAGGCCGUGUUCAGCCAUCUGCGGUGAUGGUUUACCAGGUGUCCCCGGGGUGCCCGGGCACGACGGAACACGUGGGGACAAGGGCGACCGAGGGCCUGUGGGAGCAUCCGGGGAAAAGGGAGCUGAUGGCCCUCAUGGUCCCAAAGGUGGAAAAGGCGAGCCGGCCCAGGUCCCUCAGAGAAACUGGAAACAAUGUGCUUGGAAAAAUGUCAAUGAUGGGAGAGACUAUGGGCUGAUAAAGGACUGUGCUUUUAUGAAGCAUGCCAAUGACACAGCCUUGAAAGUGGAGUUCAAUGGCGACUUCAGGAGCUGUUGUUGUCUGGAUUGCUGUAAGCGCUGGUAUUUCACCUUCAACGGUGUAGAAUGUAGCGGCCCACUCGCCAUUGAUGGUAUUGACCACAUUCUCCAAAACCACGGCAGACCAGACACCAACAUACACAAAACCACUCAGAUUGAAGGCUUCUGCCAAGGAAUCAACAAAGGAAUCAUCCGUGUGGGAAUUAAUGUCGGGGACUGUGUGGGGAAGAAACCAGGACAUGCUUACACCGGGUGGAACUCCGUGACCCGGAUCAUGAUUGAGGAGUGUUCUGUUGUGUUUCGCUGGCGAAGAGCGGGGAACUACAUACGCACCGCGCUCCAGCUAAUGAGAGAGGCCUGGGGACAGGGAGAAUUCUUUUCUCGCGGUGGACCUGAAUCAAAAGACCUGAAAGAUGAGUUUGAUGAUCAUGUGGCUUGUCUCGUGUAUCAUUCCACACUUGGUGUGUUCGGCCCAAGCGGUAAGCCGAGCUGUUACGCCAUCUCCAAGGCUGGCAAACCAGGUGUCCCAGGGAAACCCGGGAUCAACGGAAGGAAUGGGCACAACGGCGACCGAGGGUCUGUAGGACCUCCCGGCAAAAGGGGACCUCAGGGCCCUCCAGGGCCCAAGGGAGCCAAAGGUGAACAGGGUACCCAGGCCCCUCAGGGAAACUGGAAACAAUGUGCGUGGAAUAAUCUGAACGCUCAAACAGAUUAUGGGCUGAUAAAGGACUGUGCUUUUAUGAAGCAUGCCAAUGACACAGCCUUGAAAGUGGUGUUCAAUGGCGACUUCAGGAUCUGUUGCUGUCUGGAUUGCUGUAAGCGCUGGUACUUCACCUUCAACAGUGUGGAAUGUAGCGGUCCACUCGCCAUUGAUGGUAUUGACCACAUUUUUGAAAACCACGGCAAAACAGACACCAACAGACACAAAACAUCUCAAAUUGGAGGUUACUGCCAGGGAAUUCCCGAGGGAAUUGUCCAAGUUGGAAUCAAUGUCGGAGAUUGCGUGGGUAAAAUACCCGGAGAUGCUUUUACCGGGUGGAACUCCGUGACCCGGGUCAUGGUUGAGGAGUUUCCUCCACCCCAGAAGUAGUGUCGUAAGUGAGAAAGGAAGAAGGCCUCAGGCAACUGCAAGGGCCCUACAUCGUUUUGAUGUUAUCAAUAUAAUUAAAAACAAGUCUGUUUACAGCUCGGAUGUAAAUGUACAAUAAACAAGGAAAUUUAAGUUGAAGCAGUUGUUGAGCUGGCUGUUGUUGAACAUACAGCCGAUGCAUAGUUUUUUCAUUUCUGUAGGAUUCUUUAAGUUAAUCUUGAAUUUACACUCCUAGGAUGAAGUUUCAAGACUUUUAUGUUAGGAGUUUGGAGGGUACUUGGUAUAACAAAAAUGUGCCAAAAUAAUACGUUUUCCAGACAGAAGAGGUGACUAGUUACAUUUUUUUGAAACCGAAUUUUCCUGAGAAACAUACUUUUAAAAGUCUAAGUUCAAAUAUUAGGAUAAAUGCAUUGUAGCUUCAUAUGUUGAAUUGUUGUUUUUCGCUAAUGGCUUAUACGACAAACAUUUCAGUUUCGAGAAAAGUCCCAGGUAAGCACAGCUGUUUUGUAAAACACAUUAGAUGCAAAGUUUAGCCGAAUUUGCGAUAGAUACGACGGACCAAAACUUAUAGCCUUGCGGAAUGACAUUUGCCAUGUACCAAUACAAAUUAGUUAAGUUCAUCAUCGUCAGUUUUACAUGAAAGAGUAGACAAACAGUAAUUAUUAUCUCACACCUAACUGACUGGAAGUUUCUCAGUUGUCCUUAUCGUCGUUAAGUGACAUUCCUUGCAAAUGUUUAAGCAGUUUAUGCAAAACGAUAACCAGUUUACUGAUGGAAAUGGUCUACGAUAAUGUCAGCUGUAUAAAACUGCUAAUUAACAAUUAUUCCACGAGCGCGCGUUGGAAAUGAGAUGGUAGGGAGCUUAAGC